AUGCGACUCGCCAAAAGAAUUCAUGCGACUCGCCAAAGAGUUUGCGCCCGCCAAGAAUUCACGCGACUCGCCAAAAGAAUUCAUGCGACUCGCCAAAAGAAUCUGGCGCAGCCCGCCAAAAGAAUUGGCGCAGCCUGCCAGAAUGCGGCCCGCCAAAAGAAUUCAUGCGACCUCGCCAAAGAGUUCAUGCGGCCAAAAAAAUUCAUGCGACUCAAAAGAAUUCAUGCGACUCGCCAAAAAGUUCAUGCGACUCGCCAAAGAAAUUCAUGCAAAAAGAAUUCAUGCGACUCGCCAAAAGAAUUCAUGCGACUCGCCAAAGAAUUCAUGCGGCCCGCCAAAAGAAUUCAUGCGACUCGUCAAAGAAUUCAUGCGACUCGCCAAAAAGUUCAUGCGGCCAAAAAUAAUUCAUGCGACUCGCCAAGAGUUCAUGCGACUCGCCAAAAUAAUUCAUACGCUCGCCAAAGAAUUCUCGCCAAAAGAAUUCAUGCGACUCGCCAAAAGAAUUCAUGCGACUCGAUAAAGAAUUCAUGCGACUCGCCAAAAGAAUUCAUGCGACUCGAGUUCAUGCAAAAGAAUUCAUGCGACUCGCCAAAAGAGAAUUCAUGCGACCCGCCAAAGAAUUCAUGCGACUCGCCAAAAGAAUUCAUGCGACUAAAAAAAUUCAUGCGGACAUUCAUGCGACUGCCAAAAGAAUUCAAACGCGACAUGCGGUCCAAAAGAAUUCAUGACUUCGCCAAAAGAAUUCAUGCGCCAAAGUUCAUGCGGCCUGCCAAAAGUUCAUGCGGCCCGCCAAAGAAUUCAUGCGGACUGCCAAAAGAAUUCAUGCGACUUUCGCCAAAGAAUUCAUGCAAUCGCCAAAAGAAUUCAUGCGGCCUGCCAAAAGAAUCUGGCAUGACUCGCCAAAGAGUCAUGCGGCCCGCCAAAGAAUUCAUGCGACUCGCCAAAGAGUUCAUGGCCCGCCAAAAGAAUUCAUCCGACCAAAAGAAUUCAUGCGACCGCCAAAAGAGUCUAUGCGGCCUCGCCGCUAAAAAGAAUUCGUGCACCGCCAAAAGAGUCUUCGCGGCCCGCCAAAGAAUUCAUGCGACUCGCCAAAAGAAUUCAUACCGCCAAAGUUCAUGCGGUUCGCCAAAGAAUUCAUGCGACCUGCCAAAGAAUUCAUGCGGCCUGCCAAAGAAUUCAUGCGGACUGCCAGAAAGUGCGGUCUGCCAAAGAAUUCAUGCGGCCCGCCAAAGAAUUCAUGCGACCAAAGUUCAUGCCAAAGAAUUCAUGCGACUCGCCAAAGAAUUCAUGCGGCCCGCCAAAAGAAUUCAUGCGACCUGCCAAAGAGUUCAUGCGGCCCGCCAAAAGAAUUCAUGCGACUCGCCAAAGAAUUCAUGCGACGAAAAGAAUUCAUGCGACUCUCCAAAGAAUUCAUGCGGCCCGCCAAAGAAUUCAUGCGAUCCUGCCAAAAGAGUUCAUGGGCCCGCCAAAAGAAUUCAUGCGACUCGCCAGAAUUCUAUGCGACUCUCGCCAAAAGAAUUCAUGCAAAUCGCUGUGUUCGCUGCCAAAGAAUUCAUGCGGCCCGCCAAAGAGUUCAUGCGACUCGCCAAAAGAAAUCUUGUGACUAAAGAGUUCAUGUACCACAAAAGAAUCAAGUGA